AUGAAUGGUCCAGGCUUCCCGGAUCGAUUUGGCAACAACGAUGUGAUUCCCCACUUUGCCAAGAAUGGAACAGCGUUGACACAAGAAGAGCGAACAGCCAUAGCCAAGCGCAAAGGACUGUGUGUGGUGUGUGGACUCAAGACGCAUACGAUUUCCGUCUUCAAAAAGGCUCCCCUCACAAACGACCACAUCCACAAGGGAAUUUGUAUCAAAUGCAAUCCAACAUCCGUACCGGCCGCUGUCUUGCAAGCAUACGAACAUCGCAACCCGCGAGUGAAUGCUCCUGUGGUGGCGCGUGUAUCCAGACCCACCCAACCCAAUCAGUCGGCGGCCAAUCGGGCCAAGAAGAAUAUUCGUCAACCGCCGACGGCUCCGCCUUCAGAUGUGAGGAGCUCCAAUUCUUCCGCUGUUCCUCCUGACAUGCGAGAAGCUGCAUCGUCGUCCUCUCUGGCAGCCAAUAAGAGCAAGAGACUCAAUAAUGAGGUGCCGCCUAGCCAACAACAAUCAUUCAGCAGUCCGGUCAAAGCGGCGUCGUCCAAGAAAAUGGGAUAUACGCAACAAAAGAAAUCUAGUCGAGGCGGAAUAUCAGCUCCUCCUCUCAACAACAGCAACAACAACAACAACGAUAAUGUCAAAUCCAAUUAUAACGAGUCCUUCUCUUCGAUGGAUGACAUGUCGGCAGGCGCGGGACAACGGCCGUCACGGGCAAUCAUCGAGGACUAUACGGGCAGUGUCAAUUCUCCUGACGAAGUUGAUAUAGAUUCCCUGCUACAAACAAUCAAAGAUGAUCGAGGAGAUCCUGAAUUACUCAAACAAACAUUGCAUCGAUUGCGGAACUUUGGAUUUGAUCGAGAUCCGCGCGGGGCAAUGUCGGAAAUAAGAGAUCUCAUGGACCAGUACUUGAACGAACCGCGCAUCAUGGCCAUGGCGUGCGGUGCCUUGUGGCGGUUGGCAGCGGGACAGGAGAAUCGGAAAAUUGAGGCAGCCGAAAACGGGGCCAUUGAAUCCAUCGUCGAUGCUUUGAGGAAGGAUCAAAAUAUGGAAGAUCCAGAAUUCAUCCAGUGGGCUGUAGGAUGUCUCGCCAGUUUGGCUGAUGCACAAGAAGUCAAGGCGUACGUCGCCAAGAUUGGAGGGAUUGAAGCUGUUGUAGAUGCAUUGAAUCGACACCAAGACUCUCCUGGAGUCUUUGAAUGGGCAGCCAGAGCGUUACACAACCUUUGCUAUCAGAAACCAGACGAAGACGACAUUGGAGACCUUAUCGCUAAGAAUAUUGUUUCGAUCGAAGAAACCAAAGGAAUUGCGGCAAUGGUCGGGGCGAUGAAGCUGCACUCGUCAGAGGCCACGGCGCAGCGUUGGGCGAUGCGGCUCUUGUGGAGUUUGCAGGAUCAGGAAGAUGACGCAGCCAACGCUAGAGUGCUAAAGAAGAUGAAGGAUGACGGGUUCAUCAAGGCGGCGGUCAAGGUGCUACGACAUCGAUCGACGGACUCGGAAACAGAUCUUUUUCGGUUGUCUGCCGAAAUCAUGUGCAACAUCCUUGUUUCGGACAGAUCUGACGCGGCCUUUCGAGACGCUUCGGAUUGCUUAGCAACCAUUGCAAGAUCCCUAAAGGAAGACAAUGCAGAAGACAGUAUCAAGCACAAGGUCAAGCAAGAGUCGUGCUGCAGAGUUAUUGCUACGCUCAUGAAUGGAACGGAUUAUUCGAGGAUGUUGGUAGCCGAAGCGAAUGGCGUACAUGCUGUUCUGGAGGCCAUUGAAAAGUCCCCGGAUAAUCUCAUGUUGACGCAAACAGGUAUCUGGGCUUUCUGGUCCAUGUCCGCGAGUGACAGAGACAGGGACGAUAUUUUCCUGGUAAAGGCCGCACAGACGCUCUGUGAAUCGAUGGAGUCUCAGGUGCAAACAUUCCCAGACCUACUGCUGCCGGUGUGUGGAUUCUACGGAAACAUGUGCUUGAUCCAUGGAACAAACGGGGCAGACAUCCCCAUUGUAUCCAUUGUUCGGGCAUUAUUGACGGAAGAGGACGGACUGAUUUUGAGAGAAGCAGAUCGGGCGGUGUCGAACUUCUGCCUUGCAUUCCCCGAUCAGGUCGACGUUGUCGUAGAUGCGUUCGAUUUGACCCACUUGCAGCAAGUUUUGCAGUCUUCUUCAGACUUGACCCCAACUCUUUGUGGUGUGAUUGCCUCGGUUGCUGCUAAAAACGACAGAGCUAGAUCGCGCAUGGCGAGCCCUGACAUGAUUGCCUCGGUGCUUCAAAAGCUUCGAGAUCCAGAUGAUCAGGGCAUGACCAAGUGCUAUUUAGAGCUGCUUGCUACACUGGUGAUCAGUGGCAACCACAAAUCAACGAGGAUGCCAGAGGAUAUUGUGCAGGUGGUCUUACGCGUCAUCAAAACAACGGGCAGCAGGGAUAUCCAAUGGACGUGUUGUGCGCUGCUUCGAAACCUUUUGGCUUCCGCGGCCUCCCCACCGGAUGUCAACGGAUUGGUAGACUGCAUGAUCUCGCUGGUUGAUAGCCACGGCACCCAAGAGACGCUCAAGAGCCAGGCGUGCAGCGUGCUGUGGUCUUUGACGGCGAAGUAUCUCAAGCAAGACGGAAACUCUCUUUCUGAAAUGUCGCGGUGUAUGAUCAAUAUUCUCAUCAAGUACAAGGGCGACCAGGGCCCGUUCGACUACGAUCUCCUGGCGAUGGCGGCCGGAGCACUCGCUAGCGUGACUGCUUGCAUGAUACACAACCCUGUUCAUGUUUCGAGCGAGGAUGUUGACGAGAUCAUUUCCGUCCCUUACACCGCCCUUGAUUUCGAGGCAGACAGAACAGAACUUUACGUCAGGAUUCUUGAUUCCAUUUACAAUCUCUCCUACGUGAGCGACGCAGUCCUAAUCCAAUGCGGUGUCAUUGUCGUUGUUAUCGACACUAUGGCAGAGUUUGAGCAGUGCUUGGAGGUGCAGCAAUUUGGGUGCGCCAUUCUCGCGGUACUUGCGUCGACGGAGAAUUUGCAAGUCAAUUUGAGCAUCGUCCAGACCGACGGAAUCGAUAUGAUUGUUAACGCUCUUGCUCUUUUCUGUGACGACGGUGUGGUUCAGAGUCAGGCGUGCAAAGCUCUGUCCCAUCUGAGCAUCGAUGAAGAAUCAAGAAUGCUAAUCGCAUCGCUCGGUGGACUGAUGUUGCUGGGGAACACCAUGAGAGCCAAUAUGGACAAGUUGGAUCUGCUGGAGGGUGCGUUGUCUGCGGUGCUCAGUUUGUCGGCUGAUGCUGAUGUGGAGCUUCUGAUCGAGUCCAACAUUGUGGCUGUCGUGGUGUCUGUAAUGAGACAUCACCGCGCAGUAUCACAGAUUCAAGAGUUUGGCAUGGGAGUGCUCCAAAACAUUUCAAUGAGGUGUUUCGAGUCAAAGCAAACCAUCGCAGAAGUGGGCGGCAUUGUUGCUGUCACGGAUUGCAUCAGAGAGUUCAUGGGUUCGCCCACUGUGCUUGAGCGCGCCUUCACCACACUGUGGAGUCUCGCAGUGCUGGAUCAAAACCAAAGCCUCAUUGCCGAGGCAGACGGCAUCAACCUUGUUGUGAAUGGAAUGAUGACGGCCAUCACAUACGAAGGUGUGCAAAAGCAAGGUUGUGGCUGUCUUUGUACGCUAUCGUCUGACUCCAGAAACAAAGGUUUGAUCCAGAAUGUUGGUGGGGUGGAUUCCAUUGUGUAUGCUAUGUGGGCCCACUUUGCUGCAGAGGAGAUACAAGUUGAAGCGUGUCGAGCCUUGUCAAGUUUGGCAGUUGACGCACAAACCAAUGAAGUCAUGAUUGCCAGUGAUGGUGAGGUCAAUGCAAUUAUAUCAGCAAUGCGAAGAUUUCCAGUAUCUGAAAGGCUCCAAGAGCAUGCUUGUGUGGCGCUGAGGAAUUUCUUGUUGUCAGCCGACAACGUAGACAUCAUCAAGAGCAAUGAGCAAGAGGUGAAGACUCUGGUGCAGCAAGCUGGCUCGCGUUUUCCUGAAGCAUGUCAAGAACGGGCGAACCAAGUCUUGGCCAAUCUAGGAUAG